AGCCGGUCAUAUCAAACAAGAAAAUCGGAAGCGAAGAAAAGAGCGGUUAAAUCUGAGAAGACAAACCUCUGUGAUAAACCCUAGUCUCACGGCGAAUCUAAUGAGACGAUUUCUGCAGAGGUUUCCCAAUUUAGCUGCUCGAAAUUUCCUUCACUCACCGACAAUUUUCCGCCAUUCGAACACCAGCCCGUGUGUUGUUCCUCCCCUAAACCGAGUUACUUCCCGGUUCGUCUUCUUCUCUUCCGAGCCCAACUCGGCGCAUGGUUCGAAAAGCGACGAGGUUCUUUCUAAAGAAGAGCUGAAAAAGAGAAUACAGAGCUUUUUGGAUGAUGGAGAUGAGGAUGCAUUGCCAGAUUUAUUUGAGGCAAUGAUGAAUAGGAAGUUAUCGGGGAAGCACGAUGAAAGUGAUGACGAAGUGAUGGAUGAGGUGCGCAAGUAUCCAAUUAACGAUGCUCAUAAGGUCGAUGACUCUGACUCAGAUACCGAGAGUGAUGAUCUGAGAGAUGGUGAUUCGUCUGAUUCAGAUGUCGAGAGUGAUGACCUGGGAGAUGGUGAUUCGUCUGAUUCAGAGGCCGAGAGUGAUGACCUGGGAGAUGCUGAUUCGUCUGAUUCAGAUGCCGAGAGUGAUGACCUAACAGAUUGUGAUUCGUCUGAUUCAGAUAUCGACAGUGAUGGCCGGAAAGAUGUUGACUUGUCUCGUCUUGAUAUCAAGAUUAAUAGCCUGAAAGCUGACCAUUCGUCUUAUUCUGACUCUAAAAGUGAUUAACUUGAUAAGUUUUCGAUUUGUAUUGUUAACUUGUAUAUAUUUUGGAGACAUGGGGAUGUUUUAGGACAGUUACUGUUUUGCGUCUGAUUUUAGCAAGUGAUUCCCUGCUUAAUUGUAUGUCUCAGACUUCUUUCU